UUCUCAAAUGAUUAGAGAGCAACUCAAGGGCUCAAACUUCAUGGCGCUAAGCGAAAAUCAAAAGCUUUUUCUCUCCCUAAUUAACGAAUACGCGGCCGAAAAAUCGCAAGGAGAGCAAAGCGUUGUUGUUUUGAAGAAGAGAACGGAAGAACUGCGAUCUGAGCUGGAAGUGGCCAAUGUGGAGCUCGAAAAUGUCAAGCGCGUCAAAGAAACCACUGAACAAGAGCUUAAAGGCUGUGAAGUCGAAUUGUCUCUGAAUGAGACUGCAAUUCAGACUCUCGAAGCAAGAAUCUCCGUGCUGCAAGGUGAAAUUGCAUCUGUUGGAUCUGAGUUAGACUCUCUGAAGGUUGUAGGAGGAGCCACGAGGGACCAGUUUAUCAAUCACCUUUUAGACCUUAAUAAAAAAAUCAGGAAAUUUCAAGAUCAACUGUCCAGAAAAAAUGCUAUUAAGUCUGUUGGAAAUGCUACAGAAGGAUCCCAUGAACUGGAGGGAGAUAAUACCACAACUUCUUCCCAAUCUAUUGAGGAAAGGCUUAUCAAAGUAAUGAUUCAAUUAGCCAACGAAGAAGAAGAAUUCCUAUCAGCAGAACAGAUUCAAAGUCAGAAUCGGCAAACGUUGAUAAAUCUGGAGAAAAGGAAGGCUGUGAUGGUGAUGAUGGUGAAAGGAACAAAAGAAUUGGAAGAUUUGACUAAGCAGACUUCUGGACUGGAAAUGUCAUAUGGUCGUCUCAGCGAGGAAUUGCUGAAAAGUUGUAUCUGCCCUCAAUGUUUCCAAGACAAUACGGAGGCCUUGGACAACAUUCCUCAGGUAAAUGAGGCCCAUUGAAAUUUUCCAAGAAACGUAAAAU